AUGAUCAAUAUCUUCUCACGUUCGAUUUUGCUUGGCUAUUUGAUAAUAAAUAUUUUCACUAUCGUUUAUGUGAAAUGUGCUGUAAGAAUUGCAGCAGAACUUUGUGGAGGAAAAUGUGCUGAAACAGACAAAUGUACUCAUUUUACAUGGUCAAAUUAUAAUGGAGGAACUUGUUGGAUGAAAAAAGGUGCAGGGUCGAAAGAUGAUACCGUCUCAACAAGUGAUUCAACUAUGAUCUGUGGUGUACGAGAUGGUACAGGUGGUGGUGGUGGUGAUGGUAAUAUCAUUAAUGAGCAAACGUUCGCCUGUGUAUUCAACUCCAUCGAUUCAAACACGAGAGCUAGUAGGUUUAGUGGACUUCGAGAAUCUGGUUGGAAACCAGCGAUUAAAGAUGAAGCAGCAGUGUUUCUUGCUCAUGUCUUUCAUGAAACUGAUGGUUUAAAAGCUAUGCGAGAAUAUUGUGCUCCAGGUGAUUUACCAUUUUUUUUGUUGUGCAUCGAAUUAUGCUGGAUCGUGGUGUGA